ACUAAUUAUUCCCAUUUCCUACAUCACUCAUAUCUAUAUAUGCUCUUGUAAACUCAGUGUUGUCUCCACCGUCGCGAUCAAACUAAAACCCUAAAACCCUAAUUAUGCCUCCAAAGCGUCUCUCUGAGAAUCCACCUCCGGCUGUUUCCUCCGACGAGGAGGAAGAAGAAUCAGAGUCAGAAUCCGGAACUGAAUCGGAACCCGAAUCUCAGAACCCCGAGCAAAAAGGCGCUGUUAACAAAAAUAACGGCGAGAAGGACGACAAUGAUGCCAAGGACGACGAUGAUGCCGAAGACGACGAGGAAGAUGACGAUGAAGAUGAAGAGGAGAAAGUGUUGUCUAGACCGGUAAAGAAAUCAGUAGCAACUUCUCAAAAAUCAGACUCGGCUACUGAAUCGGACGAUUCCGAGUCAACUCAGCCUUCCCCUCCUAUUUCUGCCUUCACAAUUAAGCAUCAUAAACGCUCUCCUAAACCUGGGUCUAAACCCGGGUCAAAAAGACCCGCGGAAUCCGACUCCACAGUGUCUGCUACCACCACCAGCAAAAAGAACAAAACCAGCACCACUGCUACUGCAGACAAUGCUAAGAAAAAUGUUGAUGAUAAGAGUAGUAUUGGUGUUGGUGUUACUUUAGGGUUAUUAGCUAGUCAGUCAGCUAAUCCGGCCAGUGCGAAGAAGCCGGUUCGAGCUUCAAUUUCCAAGUCGAAAGACACUGAAACUCCGAAAAAGGGUCGAGCAUCUAAAGAUAAGGAGAAAGUUCAAGUGAAGAGGAUGAUACUGAAGACUGAAGAAAAAAGUGUGAAUGGGAAGGAGAACACUCAAGAUAAGGAGAUUAAAGAAGAAAUAAAGAGUGAAGAGUUUGAUUCUGAUGAGGAUGAUUUUGAUGAGGAUGAUUUAUGGGUAAAGUAUCCACUUUUAAGUCAGUCAUUGGAGAUUGAAAUGCUACCGCAAGGGUCGACAACGAUGUUGAGAGAGCAAUUGGGGAUGAUUGAAGAAGAAAAAUUAAAGGGUUUGAAUGAUAGGUGGAGAAUUUUGAAAGAAGCUGAAUUGCAGCUGUUUGUGCAGAGGAUGGAGUUGCUUCAGGAUCAGGUUAAGUUGGCUGUUGAUGCAAUUAACUCGGGUGGUUCGUAGGUUACGUAGAUUCAUUUCGGAUAUCUGAAUUUUGCUCGGCAUUUUGGUGGUGUUGAAGAAGGUAAUCUAUGUUCUAUUGGUUUUGUUUUUAUGCAUCAGAUAUCUGAAUUUUAGUUAAGACCUUUUUUGUGGGCUAUAUUAUGAUAUGUUAGAUGAAAAUGUUUUGGUCCUGAAUUCUUAACAGGGGAUAUUUUUGUUUCGGAAUGUGUUUUGAUUCUCUAUUAAUAUGAAUACAUGAGUAAAAAGUUUCGUGCUUA